CACAAAUUAAAUUCAUUCAAGGUUAAAUGAAUUUUCUAUAUAAAAACGAAUGAAAAAUCCUUGGAAAAAAUAAAAACAAAAAAAACCCAACAAAAAGCAAAAAAAAAAAACAAACACCAACCAACCUAUUGUCCAUCCAAAUGCCUAGCAACUAUUUACUAAUAUUUAUUCUAUUACAUAUAUUAUUUAUACAAUAUUAUAAUUGUAUCAUUCAUGAAUAUACCUUAUUAUUAAAUCAAAAUGAUCAUUAUAAGUUACAAUGGUCUGUAGAUGAUGACAAUAAGAUGAAAUGGUUAAAUUUUAAUGUUUGUUAUCAAUUAAGUAGUAAUAAUGAACAAUUCAAAAUAAAAAAUUUAAAAUUUUUUGGUAUUGGAUUUGGUAAUUAUGAUGAACCAAUUAAUUUAGAUAUGUAUUUAUUAUAUUUUUCAUUAUAUAAUAAAGAAAUUGAAAAUAAUUAUAAAGAUAAUUAUUUAUUUAUGGAGGCAUAUACUGAUGAAAAUUCAAAAUUACAUAUAAGAGAUUCUAUAGAAAGUCAAUUAUAUACAGUACAAUUUCCAAAUAUGAGAAAUAUAAAUAAUAAUGAUCAACAAUUCAUUUGUUUUAAUUUUGGAAGAAUGGCAACUUCAUGUCGUGAAAAUGGUUAUAGUAUUAAUAAUCAAACCACUCAUCUGUUCCUAUUCCAUAGUAUAUAUGAUCAUAUUAGUAAACAUGAUGCCAUCUAUCAAAUGUGGUUACAUCGUAUUGGAUUAACUCCAAUGAUUUCAUUGAAUAAUUUAGAAAUGAAACAAAUUCCAUAUAAGAAGAUUUUAUUACAAUUAAUUAAGAGUUCUUCAUAUACUGAUUUAAAAAUGACUGAAGAUAUUAAAAUCUUUUCAUUACAUGUCCAUAAAGUUCAAGUACCUGCAGUUGAAACAACGUACUGGUGUAAAACUAUUGAACUACCUUAUUUCUCAGAACCACAUCAUAUAGUCAGGUAUGAAAAUGAUAUACAAGAAAGAAGUCAAGGAUUUAUUCAUCAUAUGGAAGUUUUUCGUUGUCCUGGACAUAAUAAACGUUACUAUGAUGCACCAUGUAAUUCAGAAACAAAACCAGAAGAUUUAAUUGAUUGUAGAGAAGUAAUAGCAGCAUGGGCUAUGGGUUCAACAGGAUUAACUUUUCCAGAAGAAGCUGGAUAUCCUAUUGGAGGAUUACGUGGUAAAGAAUAUGCAGUGAUUGAAAUACAUUAUUAUAAUCCAAAUAAUAUAUCAGGUAUCAUAGAUAAUAGUGGAUUUCGUUUCUAUAUUACUAAUCAAUUAAGAAAGUAUGAUAUUGGUAUAAUGGAACUUGGUUUAGUCUAUACACCGAAUAAUUUUAUUCCAUUUAAACAGUCAAAAUUUCUUCUUUCUGGAUAUUGUGAUUCUCAGUGUACUGAUAUAACUUUACCAAAACCGAAUGGUAUAUUUGUAUUUGCAUCACAAUUACAUACACAUUUAACAGGAAUCAAAGUUGUUACAUAUCAUAUAAGAAAUGGUACACGAUUACCAGAUCUUAAUAGAGAUAAUUAUUAUUCACCACAUUUUCAAGAAAUACGUCAACUUGAUCAACAAAUACAAAUAAAACCAGGUGAUACUUUAAUUACAAGGUGUACUUAUGAUACAAGUCAAAAGAAUCAAAUAACUUUUGGUGGAAUAGGAAUCAAUGAUGAAAUGUGUUUAAAUUAUAUAUUUUAUUAUCCUAAAAUUGAUUUGGAAUUAUGUAAAUCAGAUAUAUCUAUUGAAUCAUUAAAUAUAUUCUUGAAUACAUUGGAUGAAAAUGAAAAUCAACAGAAUUAUAAUAGUUUAAUCAAUAGAGUAAAUAAUAUUAAAUGGAAACAAAAGAAUGUAGAACAACUGAAGAGAUUUUACAAUAAUGCACCUAUUGAAAUGCAUUGUAACAGUUCAAGUGGAACUCGCAUCAAGAAUUCUAAAAUCUAUCGCUUUCCUGAAAUAAUACCAUUAGAUGAUCAAGAUGAUUCAUAUAACGAAGAGUGUUUAAUUAAUGACGAAAAUAUUGACUGGUUAACUUGAGAACAUUAGUAGUAAAAUAAAUGGACUUACUUUGAAGAUGAAAUUGAAACUACUUUCUACAUGAAAAAAACCCUGUGAUUAAUUUAAAAUAAAUAUUCGAUUUGA